AUGGCUGCCGUCCGCGAGUGGUCCUGCACCCGCUGCACCUUUCUGAACCCCGUCGGCCAGCGGCAGUGCUCCAUAUGCGAAGCCCCCCGCCAGAAGCCCGACCUCAACCACAUCCUGCGGCUCAGCGUGGAGGAACAGAAAUGGGCUUGUGCCCGCUGCACCUUCAGGAACUUUCUGGGCAAGGAAACCUGCGAGGUAUGUGGCUUCACCCCGGAGCCAGGGCCCAGCGGCUCCCCCUUGCCCGUCAUCAACGGCAUCUUGCCCAAGCCCGCCGUGCUUGUGGAGCCCAAGGGCACAUCCAAGGAGGAGGCUGCCAAGGCAGAAAGCAGCAGCGAGGACUCGGAGGGGAAAACCCCUGAUGAAAUCCCACCAGAGGCGCUGGUCGUCCCUGAAGUCAUCACCCCUGCCGGAUUUCACAUGGCCCCCUCUACCCCGCAGCCUUUAGUCUCUGCAGAGAUCUCUGAUGGUGACACCGUGGCCACACAGGGCCCAGUGGCUAUGGAACAAGAGGCCCAGAAGAUACCAGCCUUCAGUCCCUUCUCCCCGGGGCUCCAGAACAACCCUGUACCCCGAAGCCGCCGGGAGGUGCCCCCCCAGCUGCAGAUGCCGGGCCCCGAAGCCUCCCAGCCCACGGCUCAGAGCGCAGCGGGCUGGAAGUGUAGCUCCUGCUCCCUGCUUAACUCCGCUGGGGCCAGCAAAUGCGAGGCUUGCAGCGCCCAGAAAGGCAGUGACACCAUUAAUCUAGUGGGGGACUCGGUGAGAUUCACCCCGUGCAGCCCCUCCAGCCCUGACUUCACUACCUGGUCCUGUUCCAAGUGCACCCUCAAGAACCCCACCCUGGCCCAGAAGUGCAAAGCCUGCGGCUCCUCCAAACUGCAUGGCUUCCAGGACCACGGGACGCAGGGCGAGCCGUCCCCCCGCUGCUCUGACUGCGGAGCUUGUGACAAGGGCGGCUGCUCGUCCUGCGGCGGCAGAGCCCCAUCUGCCCGCAAGGUCGCCCGCCUCUUCCCGUCCCAGCUGCCCGCUGGCCAGGAGAGGCCAGGACAGUGGGCUUGUCCCGCCUGCACCUUGCUCAACGAGCUCAAGGCCAAGCACUGCGUGGCCUGCCAUACCCCGCAGCAGUACGUGGCCCAGCGCAAGGGCCUCAAGCCCCUGAAGAGACGGGAGAGCAUGCACGUGGAGAAGAGGCGGCAGACAGACGAGGGAGAGGCCAAAGCCCUGUGGGAAAAUAUCGUGACCUUCUGCCGGGAGAACAAAGUCAAUUUUGUAGAUGACAGUUUCCACCCUGGGCCCAAGUCCGUGGGAUUCCCGGAAGGCGAUAGCGUGCAGCAGAGGGUGAAACAGUGGCUGCGACCCCACGAAAUCAACUGUAGCAUCUUCAAGGACCGAUCGGUGAAGUGGUCGGUGUUUCGGACACCCAGGCCCUCGGAUAUCCUGCAGGGACUGCUGGGAAACUGCUGGUAAGGGAGAGCGAGCCGGGCUG